AUGGAUCGUAGUUGGAUGUAUGAUAGGUUCAAUCCACAUAGGAGAGGCUUGAAAUUUGAGUUUGUUAGUGGAGUUCAGGAGUUUAUUAAGAAGGCGAAGGAACAACCCUGCUUUUUGUCUGAGAAAAAGAUCAAGUGUCCAUGUGAAAUGUGCAAGUGUGUAAAGUCUUUCACUCCAGGAGAUGUGAAAGCUCAUUUGUACAAAAGUGGGUUUAAACCAAACUAUUCGAUCUGGACUGAGCACGGAGAACUAGAGCAAAAUAUUUGUCCAAUGAAUCAAUCAAAUAGUAGUGAACAUAUGGGGGAGGAGGAGGUGGUGGUGCAGGAGGAGGAUCCUAAAACUCCUCAUAUGGAGUUGUCGGAAGAGGAGGAUCCCAAAACUCCUGACACGGAUGAGUCAGGAGACGAGGAGGAUCCCAAAACUCAAGAAAUGGAUACAAAUAAGCAGAAUGCUGAUGGGAAGGUUCUUAUACGACCAUGUGGGUUAGGGUGGGCUCCUAGCGCAGCGCCUGCUGCUGCGAUUAAACAGGUCAUCCAGUCCCACUUUCCUGGUCCAUUUCAUUGUUGGAGUGAGACCCCAGAGGAUGUAAGGGAAUAUUGGUGGAAGUUGUUUGGGGACAAGGUUGCUUGGGAUCCUCAUGAUCACGUGUAUAUCAAAAAGACGUUUCAGUCAAGAAGCGCAAAACGCCUUUCAGAUAUUCUCUCAAAAGUGAGGAAGAAGGGGACAAGGCCUCAUUGGAUAUGUGAGGAGGCUUGGAAGGGUCUUAUUGUCCAUUGGGAGGGUGAAGCCUUUCUAAAGAUCUCUACCCAAAAUAAGACCAAUCGGGCUUCAGGUAAAGGUGGAGCAGUCCACACCACAGGCCGCAAGGCUCAUGUUGAUGUGGCACUUAGCAUGGCUCAAGAACUUGGGCGGUCUGUGGAUCCCGAUGAGCUCUUCUUGGCCACCCAUAAAAAGAAAUCUGGAAAUUGGGUUGAUAACCGCUCUCAAAUAACAUAUAAACAUUAUCAAGAUCGUCUGAAGGAAGUAGAAACACAAAUUGGUGAGGCCUCCCUGAAUGGGACACAGAAUGUAGAUGGGGCGACAAAGCUUGAAUUGUGGAAAGAGGUUGCUGGGGGAAAGUCUCGAGGUCGUUGUUAUGGCACUGCAGAUUUUGCUAUAAACCUCCGACAUGGUGCAACUUCGCUGACUCAGGAGUCUCGAGAACCUUACAGUGGCAGGUGUGAUCAUGCUAUGCAUCUUGAGGCCAUUGAUGCAGCUUGUAAGGAAGCUGCCGCAGCUCGUCAGGAGGCAUCCACAGCACGUCAGGAGGCAGCUGAGGCAAAACAACAUUUUCUGUUUUUGGAGGAGCAGUUGCUCAAGGUAAUGAAUCGCAUGAAAACUCUAGAGCGCAAAUCAUCAUGUGCUUCCAUCAGUGUGAUUCGAGCUCAUAGGAGACGUUCUCACAACGAUGAUGGUCAUUCACUAGAUGAGGUCUUACGAGUCCGUCGACGAAAGAAACAGCUAGCUAUAAGGCGGCAUCCUCGUUAUGAUGAAGAUUAUUCACCAGAUGAGAUCUCACCGGACCGUCGUCGAAAGCAACGUCGGUCUCAAAGUAUACGUCCUUACUAUGAUGAGGACGAUUCGCUAGAUGAUGUCAUACAAAAGCAACAUCAAGCAAGAAGAGGAUGUCCUUACUAUGAUGAUAAUGUUGAUGGUGAUGAUUCGCUAGAUGAGAUCAUACCAAAGCAACAUCAAUCUAAAAGGGGACAGCUUCACUAUGAUGAUGACUAUUUGCUUGAUAGGGGGCAUCCUCACUACGUUGAUGCCGAUUCGCCAGAUGAGGUCAUACCAAAGCAACAUCAAGUUAACAGGGGACAUCCUCACUACGACGAAAACGAUUUGCCAGAUAGGGGGCAUAUUCACUAUGCUGAUGCCAAUUUGCCAGAUGAGAUCGUACCAAAACAACAUCGGGCUCCAAGGGGACAUCCUCAAUAUGAUGAUGAUGGCGAUUUGCUAGAUAGAAAGCAUCCUCAUUAUGAUGAUUUUUCACCAGAAGAGGUCUUACCAAAGCAACGUCAAGCUAUAAGGGGACAUCCUCACUAUGAUGAUGUUUCCCCAGAAGAGGUCUUAACAGUCUUAACAAAGCGACUUCAAGCUAAAAGGGAACAUCCUCACUAUGAUGAUGUUCCGCCAGAAGAGGUCUUACCAAAGCAACGUCAAGCUAAAAGGAGACAUCCUCACUAUGAUGAUGUUUCACCAGAAGAGGUCUUACCAAAGCAACGCCAAGCUAUAAGGGAACAUCCUCACUAUGACGAUGUAUCGCCAGAAGAGGUCUUAACAGUCUUAACAAAGCAACGGCAAGCUAAAAGGGGACAUCCUCACUAUGAUGAUGUUUCGCCAGAAGAGGUCUUACCAAAGCAACGUCAAGCUAAAAGGAGACAUCCGCAUUAUAAUGAUGUUUCGCCAGAAGAGGUCUUACCAAAGCAACGUCAAGCUAAAAGGGGACAUCCUCACUAUGAUGAUGUUUUACCAGAAGUGGUCUUACCAAAGCAUCGUCAAGCUAAAAGGGGACAUCCUCAUUACGAUGAUGAUUCGCUAGAUGAGGUGUUACCAAAGCAACAUCAAGCUAAAAGGGGACAUCCUUACCAUGAUGAUGAUUCACAAGCCAGUCGUUACCGUCAUUGA